GUAAAGGCAAUCGCAAGCAAAUUACAAAAGCGAAAUGAACUUCCCUACUAUUGAAAGUGACUCGGACUCGGAGGACAAUGACUCCUUCUACUCCUUUUCCCAGAGUGAGAGUUCUUUGGACAAUCUCUCGCUCUCGGAGAGCGACUGCGACAUCGCCACGAUCUUUGAGUCGGAACCGGAGCAUGAGACUUCGAUAGAAAGUCUGGACCAGGCCGCAGGGGAGACUUCUAAGCCCGCCUUUUUGGGCGUCAUCUUAAAGAAGAAGUCGCCUGGUUCGGAGAUCCAUUCCAGCGAUUCAUCCGCCUGCGAAGGCGUCUCCACCGGCAAGACCACCCAGAAGACGGUUCGUUUCAAGCCCUCUAAGAAGUCCCUUCUGGACCAGUUCCCUCCCAAAAGUCAGCCAGCAUCGAUGCUAAAGGACGUCUUUACCCAAUCCUGGGACUUAAAGCCUGCUAAGACCGAUGAGUAUGUUUCUCCUUUUCCGAGUGUGCCAGAGCUUCCAGCUCCGAAGGUACCGCCUCAGCUGGAGGGAGUUAAAAAGCCUAUUAUAGUGCCGGCUGGCUUUGAUUUGUCCCGAUUGGCUAAGUACAAGGAUCCCAACCACUGGCACAUCCGUCCCUACAUGCGCACUGGCGAUCGCAUCUAAUAGACGUUAAGCAACUAUACUUUGAUCAUCUUAAAAAACACUCAACUACUAUCAAGCGUUAUACUAUUUGAUCAUCAUGAUCGAUACUCAAUUGCUAUUAUUUCAUCACGAUCAUUA